AAGAUGCUCCUUUAGGCAUUUUUUCAUCUGGUAUCUUUUAUCCUAAAAGGCAAACCAAACACUGCCUAAGGAACGCGAUCCAGUUGGAUCAACCCAAGAUGAGUCCACUGGCCAGAGAACUGAGCGCGUGGUUUUCUCCAAUAGCAGGGAGCAACGAAAGAGGCAGUCGGGAAAGAGAUAGGGAAUGAUGGGGUCAUCACUAUCAGCUUCCCCGCCGCCGUUGUGGCGGUCCCCGAUACAGCCCUUGAAUCUCAUUACAACCGUCGCUUCUCUCCGCUUUGGCUUCCUUGUGCACUCCUCCUUCAAGAAUAUCUCUCAUCUCUAUCAUGUUCCUAGAUUGAAGGAUGUGUGGCAUGAAAAAGCUUCCCAGUUGCAGGGAAUUGACGUUCUUCAAUUUUCAAAUGAUGUCUUUGCAUCCACAUGCUCAUCUUGCUUGUGUUUCUUCAAUGGAGGAGGGACUAGAAAGGGCUUUAGAAAUGAGGGAACACCAAACUUUGAGACAUCCGGGAGAAGUUCAUUUAAUGGAAGACAAUGGACUAAUAUUCUUCUCGCUAUCAAUAUCUUAGUUUAUUUUGCGCAAAUUGCUACCCAAGGAAAGCUGUUGUUCUGGGGUGCUAAGGUUAACAGUCUUAUUGACAAGGGACAAUUUUGGAGGCUGGCCACUUCUUCUGUUCUGCAUGCAAAUAUUGGGCACCUCAUGGUUAAUUGCUAUUCUUUGAAUUCUGUUGGUCCUACCAUUGAGAAUCUUAGUGGCCCAAGGAGAUUUAUUGCAGUUUACCUCACCUCUGCAAUUGCAAGUUCAGCAAUGAGUUACUGGUUCUGCAACCUAACUAAACUCAACACAAAGUAA